AUGUUAAACCAACAAAAUGACAACUUGCUGGUUGGCACAAAACAGGGUCAUCUGUUGAUGUACUCUGUCACGCCAAGGAAUGGCGAAUUGAAACGUGACAUGCAGCUACUAAGGUACAACAAAACAUUCAGCAAGAAGCCAAUACAGCAAUUGGAAGUCGUUCCAGAGCACAACAUCCUGAUCAGACUAUCAGACAAUGUGAUUUCCGUGCAUGACAUGGCAAUUAUCAAUUUUCCAAUUAUUACCACUAUACAAAAAACCAAAGGAGCAACUCUGUUCACUAUGGAUGUCAAAAAACACGAAAGAUUAACAGGAGGAGUAGCAGUGACCGUCCGAAUAUGCGUUGCUGUCAAACGCAAACUGCAGCUAUAUUACUGGAAAAACUCAGAUUUCCAUGAAUUCAGGAGUGAUCUGACAGUGGCCGACACACCCCGGGCGCUGGAAUGGUGCAAUGAGACAAUUGUUGUUGGCUUGAAGAAUGAUUAUUCAAUAAUUGAGUUGAGUGAGGCGGCAAAGACUAAGGAACUGUUCCCUACGGGGAAGUCGCCAGAACCGAUAAUCACAAAGCUAACUGAUAAUACGUUCGCACUUGCCAAAGAAACACAGAGUGUUUUCAUGAAUUAUUUGGGUGACCCCACUGUGACCUAUGCUAUCAAAUGGUCGCAAACACCCAAUGCUCUAGCUUACGAUGACCCCUACUUGUUGGCCCUGCUACCGACCAGCGUGCAAGUGCAAACGUUCGAGCCAGUGAUGAACGUGCAGACUCUGCCAGUGAGCGGCUGUACGGUGAUCAGACGCUGCAAGCAGGGCGUCGUGUAUGUGGCAUCCCUCGACCAUGUCUGGUGUCUGCAGUCGGUGCCUCGCGAGAAGCAGAUUCAUGUGCUGCUAGAACGCAAACAGUUCCAACUAGCGCUCAAACUCACGAACUCAUCAGAAAACUCUGAGGAAGACAAGAAGAAGAAUGUGUAUCAAAUCCAAACUUUGUACGCGUUCGAUCUCUUCCGUAAAAAGCAAUUCCAUGAUUCAAUGAAUGAAUUCUUGAAUUUGAAAACAGAUCCGUACGACGUGAUCCGUCUAUUCCCGACGCUGUUGCCCCAGCAGGCUCGGGGCGAGGCAGUGAGUGUGGAUGCCGGCUUGGUGAGGCUGGAAGACAAAGACCUGGAGUCCGGUCUGUUGGCUCUGAUCGAGUACCUGACCGCCGUCCGGCUGCAGAUGAAGACUAAGGGCGCAGAGUCCACGUCUGACGAGAAGCUGUUGCAGAUCAUUGAUACCACGCUGUUGAAGUAUCCGUACGACGUGAUCCGUCUAUUCCCGACGCUGUUGCCCCAGCAGGCUCGGGGCGAGGCAGUGAGUGUGGAUGCCGGCUUGGUGAGGCUCGAAGACAAAGACCUGGAGUCCGGUCUGUUGGCUCUGAUCGAGUACCUGACCGCCGUCCGGCUGCAGAUGAAGACUAAGGGCGCCGAGUCCACGUCUGACGAGAAGCUGUUGCAGAUCAUUGAUACCACGCUGUUGAAAUGUUACUUGCAGACUAAUGAUGCAUUGGUAGCGCCCUUGCUGAGACGCAAUCACUGUCAUCUGGAGGAGACAGAGCGCACGCUGAAAAAGCACCAAAAGUACAAUGAGCUGGUGAUUCUGUAUCAGACGAAAGGCAUUCACAACAAAGCACUUGAGAUCCUACAGAAACAGAGUGAUCAAUCCGACGGAGGUCUCAAAGGUCCUGAUUGGACCAUCCAGUACUUGCAGGGAUUAGGUAAAGAGCACAUAAAUCUGAUCAUUCAGUUCUCUGGCUGGGUCCUCGAUAAGCAUCCAGAAGAUGGUCUGAAAAUAUUCACUGAAGAUAUGCCAGAAGUUGAACAGUUACCAAGACCACGCAUUCUGGAUUACCUGCUACGAACUCAGAAAUCUCUUGUAAUUCCGUACUUGGAGCAUGUAAUACACGUUUGGAAGGACACCAAUCCCUUAUUCCACAAUGUUCUCAUCCACCAAUAUCGUGAGAAAGUACUAGAAUUGUGUCGCGAUGAUGCCACACAGCUACAAAUUCAGCAAGGAAACAAUUUGAGAACAAAACUGUUGAAUUUCCUUGAAAAGUCUGAGCAUUAUGUACCUGAAACCGUUCAUGUACACUUUCCUUAUGACAGCAUGUACGAGGAGAGGGCGAUCAUCCUUGAAAGGCUUGGAAAACAUGAACAAGCACUCAGUAUCUAUGUUAUCAUAAUGAAUGAUAUUGAGAGAGCCAUAGCCUACUGUGAUAGAGUUCAUGCCAAAGGCUCCACUGAUGUGUUUGUACCACUAAUCCGCCUCCUGGUCGAUCCACCGACGGCUUCCGGAUGGCUGGGUGGCCUGACCACUGGACCAGACAAGAUGGGUCGACCGAAUGUCGACAAAGCGCUGGAAAUACUGGAACGCAAGGCCGACAAAAUCCCGCCUUUGGCUGUGCUCGAUCGAUUGCCUGACAACAUUCCGCUCACCAAAAUCAAACAUUUCCUGUCGGCCAGCCUGCAGACGCAACUCAACAACCGGCGCAGAACGCAGAUGCUCAAGGGGCUGCUAUAUGCUGAGCAUCUGCAGGUUCAAGAGAUGAGGAUGCAUCAUGAGAGCAAGAGUGUCACCAUGACUGACAUGAACAUAUGUCCUGUGUGCAAGAAACGCUUUGGAAAUCAAAGGUUUAUUGUGACGUAA